AUGUCCGCAUCGUCGAGCUUGCGCCAAAGCCAGGCUGCUCGUCCAGACUCUCCUCAUACUCCGCAACAACAGCUUCGCUCAGGCAAUACUUCCUUCGCUAGCAACACAUCACCGGGCUCAUCUUUCCGCAACGAGGAUGAUGCAAUCAUAUUUGAAUUGGGUGCGCGAUGGCUACGAGCUGGAUUCGAAGGCAGCAGUUCCCCGGUCUGCGUCGUAAGAUUCGGGCCCGAGGAAUCGAGGAGAGCGGGGGACUAUCGGGGGUGGAUAGAGGGCGGUUCUGGCGCACAACCGUCAGUGCAACCUGUUGAUGCCGAAGAUUGGACUCGGGAAUAUGAAUUGUGGAGGCUGGACCUGCGACAAACCGACCUAGGGUUGGUCGAAGACAAAAUCGAACGUGCUUUCCGCGAAACCUACAACCAAUACCUUUUGACCGACGCAGGCACGUCUCGUCUGGUCUUGGUGUUGCCCUCUCUCAUGCCACACCCGCUGCUGUCAUCACUUCUUUCGACCUUGUUUAGCCGCUGGCGCUUCCCUAGUAUCACACUUUUACCGAGUGCGCCUAUGUCAGCGACUGCUGCAGGAUUGCGGUCUGCCCUGGUGGUAGACCUUGGCUGGGCGGAAACCAUUACGACUGGCCUUUAUGAGUAUAGAGAAGUUACCACAAAACGAAGCACAAGGGCAAUGAAAGCUGUGCUGCAAGAAUUGGGCCGACUCCUCACUAGUCUGGCCUCUAGCCCUGAGCAAGACAGUGCUUCAGCAGACGAGAUCUCCGUGGGAUUUCGAUAUUGCGAGGAGAUUGCGUCCCGGCUUGCUUGGUGCAGGGUAGAAGCCCCGAAUGAGGAAAAUGAUCAUUUGAACCAGAACGUUUCGAUACCUUCGCCAACCAACCCAGAACAGGAAUUUAUUGAGGUGCCAUUUUCACGCCUUGCAGAACCCGUUGAGAAGGCUCUCUUUGCUCCAGGUGUGCCGGAGAGCGAAUUAGAUGACGAAGAGAAACCUAUCCCGCUUCUUGUCUACAAAACCUUGCUCGCACUACCACCCGACGUGCGUGGAACAUGCAUGUCGCGCAUCGUUUUUGUGGGUGGCGGAGCUCGAAUCCCUGGCUUGCGGCAGCGGAUUCUCAAGGAUGUUUCACAAUUGAUUGACCAGCAUGGGUGGAGUCCUAUUCGAGGCAAAGUCAUUGAGCGACAACGCCAGCGAUUGGCAGAACUACGAAUUUCAUCUCCAAUUAAUGGCGAAAAUCAAUCGACUCCCACGGACACGGCAUCCUCGCCUAUAAACGAGAAACCAGACCCAUCCAAAGAUGAGCCUGAAAUUGAUUUCGUGGAGCAAAAGCUACGCCGUCAGAACAAAGAUACACCCGUUCCUAUCCAAGGAAUGUUACGAGAGGUUGAUUCUCUUGGAGCCUGGGCUGGAGCCAGCUUGGUGACCAGCCUGAAGAUCCGUGGAAUGGUGGAGAUUGAGCGUGAAAAGUUUCUGCAGCAUGGGCUGGCUGGUGGCACUCGAGAUUCGGAACCUGCGCCUGAUCGUCGAUCGGGAUUGAGAGCGGGCGAUCGAUCUAGCUGGACCCUGGCAGGAUGGGCAUAA